AUGUCUGUCCGUCCGCCUCCACUGGGCGCCUCCAUCCACAGUCACGCCAACCACAUCUCGCCGUCGUCGUCGUCGUCGUCGCCCGCUUCCUCUGGUUCGACGUUGUUUCAACCGCGCCAGAGAGCUGCUGCUCCUCCUCCUCCGCCUCCUCCUCAGACCGUUGCUGUGAACGGCGGCCAAGCCUUUGUCCCCGUUGCUUCCCCUGUCCGUAGGAAGCCUCUCCCCACCUCGGCUUCCUCCUUGGAUGCGAAGCUGUUUCCCGCCAUCAACAGCAAUAGCCUCAAUAAUAGUAGUCCACCAGCUUCGUCGUUGUCCUUUUCUUCAACUGGGUCUUCGUUUGCUUCUGCUUCUUCUGCGGCUUCUUCUGCUGCUUCUUCUGCUGCUUCCUCUGCUGCUUCCUCUGCUGCUUCCUCUUUUUCUGGCUUUGUGAUUAGAGACCUUGAUCGCCAACCCUCUAUCUUCUCCUCCCCCAAAGCAAUCAACCAACAAAGAGACUUCUACUUCAACCCGGCGAAUGGAAAAUAUCUGGAACAAUCCGUUCACUCCCGCUUGGUCAGCGAGCCCCUGAUCCCCCUCGCGUCUCCCACCCUUCCCCGGGACUCCAAGAAAGCCACGGAUCGCAAAAGAUCUGUCACCAUGGCUUUACACCCUCAAGCAAACAAACCUCCACCUCUUCAGGUCGAUGCAGGAAAAACAAUGCCCAGUUCAACCGAAUAUAAGCGCCUGCCAAAAACCCCAGGAAAUAAAAUCACUUCUUUUUUCGGCUGGAAAUCAGCGUCUUCUCCUGGCGCGGAAUCGAGCAGCACCGAGAUCUCGGACUCUGGCCCUUCAAACCUACCAUCCCCGAUCAAUGGCUCGAUCCUCCCUGCUUCCUUCUCGUCGCGAUAUCCUUCUCAAGACUCGUACGGUGCUCCUGUCCCUCGAACGCUCGAACGAUCGAUUUCCAUUGCCGAGCAGGAAAUGAGCGCGAAGGUGAAAGAGAUGGAAUAUGAGCUCCGUGGGAUCAGUUCAGAGUUGGCUGGCUCCAUCAAGCGUGAAAUGGAAUUGGAAGAUUUGGUGGAGAGAUUACAGCUGGAAGCUACCGUGGGGCCGGAACCAAACCGGCGGACUAGCGAUUACUUCUCUGACUCGGGAACAAGCUCUGUGAAGUAUCCGUCUAGUGACGCGGGCGGAAACAGAGCGGAGGAGGUUGAGAGAAUGAAGCGAAACUUGGAACAGGAACGUGCGCAGUUGAAGGUUGAGUUAUCCCAAAGGUGGCAGGAAGAGCGAUCUCGCCGGGUCGCCUUUGAGUCUCAUGUGCGGAUACUGGAGGCACAAGUAGAGCAGCUGCGUCGUGAGAGAGUGGAUGCCUCAAAUAUAAGCUCGAAAACAAAAGAAUUAGAGACCGCAUUAGAAGAUACCCGGCGGCGUUUGACGGAAGAACGGCAACUGAAGGACAACUUCGAAGACCUAUUAACGGCUAUGAGAGUCGAGCUGGAGCAGCUUCGAAAUGAACGUGACCAACUCCGAGACGAAACUGUUCCGCAGCUUCAAACCAAAUUACAGCAUGAUUUACAAGGAUUGCGCAACGACAAUAUCACGUUGAGUCAAGCGAGGAAAAUACAGUUAGAUAUGCAACAACAACAAGCUCGUAUAAACUCCAUUGCCGAAGAGGAUGUAGUGUCGAUGGGCAGAGGUGGUCUGUCGAGAUCAAAUUCGCUGGCGCGAGGGCCAGCGAGACCAAGCGGUCUAGGGGGCUCGGGAUCUGUCUCAAAACCGGGUUCUCGACCGGCUUCGAUUAUUGGCAAGGAGCGUGAAUUUAAAGAAUCAUUAGUCGAUCGGAUGAAGGACGUAGAAAUGCAACGUGAUGCCCUCCAUCGAACUGUCAAGAGCCUCCUCGAGCAUCAGAACUUGCAAGCUCGGGAAAACGCGAAGCGGAUCCGCAUGCUGGAGAUUGAGCUCGACCGUGCCCGACAAUCAAGUUCUCCACGAAAACUAGGCUAUGAACGGGAUGUUAAAAAUUUACGAGAGGAAAUUAACCUUCUCAGACGCCGCACCGACGAGCUGUUGGAGCAAAAAUGGCAAUGCGAGAAAGGAUUGGCUGGUUUGAAAAUGGACUUGGACCGUGCGGAGCAGGAGACUGGUUCCCUCCGUGCACUCCUGCAGGAACAUGAUAUCCUAGUCCCAGCUGCAGCUAAAAAUGACUUGGCAGAUUUUAAUGCAUCCAGCUCCUCGCUUGAAGACGCCUUCACGCAGCUUCAAGCUGACAGCGCUUAUGUCCAAGACCCCAACAACGCUCUCGGGCUGCAAGUUCGCCAGCAAUUAGCCGCAAACAAUUCGCUGAAACAUCGCCUUUCAGAGGCAAUUGGCAAGGGCGAACGAGAACAAAACGACUCAGCUACCAGAAUCAACGAAUUACAAACUCGCCUCAAGUUCCUCGAAGAUGCCCUAAUGGCCGCACAGCAGAUAUCCGAAGAGGAAAUUGCCAAGCACGAGCGCGAAAUCCAGGCGCUGAAAGAAAACCACAACGCCCAGCUCAUGCGGGCGAAGAAUGGCAGCAGAAGCCCUGCUAUGCUCUCCCCGAGAAUGCCUAACUCACCUUUCUCCGGAUCCCGGUCUCCGCGACUUGGUCUAACGACAAGUGGAGAAGGAAUCUCCCUCAGUCAGGCUACCAAGAUGGAAGCUGUCGAAGCCCGUGUCCAGGAGCUUGAGAAGGCCCUGCGCGAAGCAGAUCGGGAGAUGGAGACUGUUGUUGGUCGUAUGAAUAUGGCACAGAUUGAGGUUGCUGAGCUGCAAUCUGAUAGAGACGAAGCAAUCCGCCAGACCCGCAAGCUGCAGGCACAAAUCCAAGCUGAGCGUGAAAAAUACCAGAAUGGAUCUUCUCAGUAG